GAAAAUCUCUUUUGAGGAGAAUAUAUAGGUCAAAUCAGGAGACGUGAAGGAUUUGGAGGCAAAACUGGAGAUAAUGAAGUCUGGGCCAUCAGAGUUCGAUUCGGGAGGAAACAGUGUUUUCCUACAUUCAUG